GAUUUUUUUCUUACUUACCGUAUGCCCUAUAUCGCCAUAUUAUGUCACUGCAUGAGAGUAAGAAGAGCGGCGAUCUAUCGUGAUGUGGUUUAUCCAAAAUUUGUCGUUUUCAUGCUCCGAUAUUUUCAUAAUUAUACAUAUCUUACAUAUACCGCUCGUUAUUCGAUCUACAUCUUAGCAAUACAAGUUUCUAUAAAUCCCACCGGUGAAGUACUUCAUCGUCUGUUUCCUGGUAAGGAACUGGACUUGGGGUUAGCCGAGUCACGAGUUUAUUUAAUAUAUUACGAGACCUCUUCGCGGUUCUGGGUCAGGUCAACAUACGCCUAUUAGGUGGUCGUUCGGAUCAUGAUGAAAAUUUCCUCGGUGCUUCUCUAUAAGCUGAACUCUUUGACUGGAAUUGCAUUGGCAUAAUACUCUACCGCAUACUCGUCAGGGCCAAGUUCAUAAAAUAUUAUAUAUCGGACAGAGUGACCGCGGGGCGGUAGUAUAAUAAUAGAUACAAGACAUCUUUUUCCGUGCAGAUUUGAGAUGAAUCCGUAUAAAGUCCCUACCGCCUCUUCACCGGGCGCAAAUCAUAUGCACUGACACAAGAAUGCGUGGGUUUGCUUUUAAAAUUGUACUCAUCGGUACCCGCAUAUUAUCGAAUAACUGUUUGUGGAUUACAAAUCAGUAUGCGGUUACAUUGAAUCUGACUAUGAUCAUUUUCAAAAUUAAUUUUCAUUCUGCGAAUCUCAUGUUAGGAGACUGUUCGAAGAUAAGUCGCUCCUGCCAGAGGACUGAAUUACCAAUCUUGAGUCGAAGUGGUUUUAAAGUCAUGACGAAAUUUAUUAUGGGUGGAAAAAUCGAUUACACGAAGUAUUUACAUUUUACUGUUUGAGUGUGAAGUGGGUACAAUCAACAAUCAAAUUUCAAAUAUUAGCGGUUUUUUUAGAUCGUCCAUUUUGUCUUGGAUUUUCGGAUGGUUCCGCGAGCAGCCGCAUCUAGUGGAGAUUAUGGAAUACAUAGCAGAAUACUGCAGAAUAACAUCGUCAGCCAUUAUAGUGAAACUUGAAGUGAACUCGUCUCUGAUAAAUCGUAGAAAACAGUAUCUAGGAUCGUAUUUAUUGAAGUUAAAAGUUGGAUAAAAAGAUGCACACGAUUACGGAGUUGGGAGCAAGCGUACCCGCUUUUCUAGGCAAAUUAUGGAAGCUUGUCGAGGAUCCAGAAACCGACGACCUUAUUUGCUGGGCACCCAAUGGCAGGAGUUUUUAUAUCAGAAAUCAGGCACAGUUUGCCCGAGAACUGCUGCCUCACUACUACAAACACAACAACAUGGCCAGUUUUGUACGACAGCUUAACAUGUAUGGUUUUCACAAAAAAGUAUCCGUUGAACUGGGAGGUCUUAAAUGUGACAAGGAUGAAAUGGAAUUUGCACAUCAGUAUUUUUGUAAAGGACAUCCUUGUUUGUUAGAACACAUCAAACGCAAGAUAGCAUCCAGCAAAGGGCAAGACACUACACAGGCUCCAGUGAAGCCAGAAUUAAUGAAUAAAAUGUUGACAGAAGUGAGAAGUAUGAGGGGUCGUCAAGAGCAUCUUGAUUCACGUCUAGGUGCAAUGAAGAGAGAGAAUGAGGCCUUAUGGCGAGAGCUUGCGAUGCUCAGACAGAAGCACCUUAAGCAACAGCAAAUUGUCAAUAAACUAAUUCACUUCUUGGUCACCCUUGUUCAACCAUCCAGAGCAGGAGGUGGAGCGGGUAUAUCGGUUAAAAGACGAUACCCCUUGAUGAUUGAUGACCCCAAUCGUCAGCGUGCUAAACAAAGCAAAGUGUCUAACGUUAAGCCCAACACAUCACCUUUAGGUCCAGUAAUACACGAACUAGAUCCGACAGAUCAUGAUUUGGAAUCAGAAUAUAUUGUAGCUGAAAUGUUGGAACAAAGUACCAGUCCAGCUGUGCAAAGUCCAGGAGCAAAUAGCAGCCCUUUGUUGGAUGAAGAUAGUAUGGAAACCAUACAGCUAGUUACCAGUCCGCUGCACAGGCCAGAUGGGUCACAAUUAAUCCCAGAACAAGAUGUCGAUUGCAAGAAGAAGCGCAGCAGUAAAGGAAAGAAACCAAAUGACUGCGUUUUGAACGCUGCCAGGAGGAAAAACAAGGUGCCGAUCAAAAUUCUGAUUCCACCGCUGGAACAAGGCGACAAAAACAGGGAAGAAAUGCUGUUUCUCGAAGUACCUGCAACAACUUCCAGUUGUCCCACACCCGAGAUACCAUCGGUGGAAACUAAGAAAAAAAUCAAACCAAUACCCCGGGCCAUGUUCAGGAGCUCUAAGCUGGCUGCAAUGGCUGCUAACAUGAAUUCCUCUAAUGAUUUGGAACUGGAUUUGGAUAGCGAUGUCAUGGAAAACACUGAAGAGGAUCGUAACAUGGAUAACAAUUCACCUAUAUCUAAAUUAGAGAAGCUUGAUCAGAUAUUGCUUAUUCCUGAACCAACAGAUAAUGAUAAUGAUAAUGAAUUGAAUAAUGAAACAAAUAGUGACGCCGGAUUGUUUGAUAACGAAAAUAACCAAUGCGAAACUACAAACGUUGUCGAUGAGGAAGACAAUGGGGAAGGAGCUAGCACAAGUGCUAACGAUAUGUCACUGAGUUGUUUCAAUGAUCCACUUAGGUUAGGGCAUACGGAAGAAGUGGACACCCAUUUGGAAACUGUGCAGACCGAAUUGGAUAACUUACGAGACCUGCUACGAGGCGAAGGCUACAGUAUCGAUGCUAAUACACUUUUGGGGUUAUUUGGUGCCGAUGAUCCGAUGUCCUUUGGAAUCCCUAUGAAUCCAGAACUCGAUCCACAUUCGCAGACUCAUAAAGAUAAGGAGGGAGAUGAUAAUCAAGAAACAAACGGGGGUGGAGAACUCAUGGCUUACAAUCCUCCUCAGAAUUUUCUGGAUUUUGAUAGUGAUAUAAUGUUGGGUGGAAACUCUUCCUUAACGUCCCCAGAGGGAAACCCAGUGGACUACGAAGAUAACUCCUACAACUUGGAAGACAGUAAGGCAUCACUUCUGGAAUCCUUGAAAGCAGUAAACGACAAUAUGUCAUCACCCUAAAUCUUCUCGUGUG